AUGGUCAAAAAGAGCAAGCUCCUAGCAGCACUCGAUGCACGAAAAGGACGAGACUUUCAAUUGGAGAAGCAGCGGAAACAGGAAAAGCUAGCGAAGAAGCGGAGGCUCGAAAGAGUCGCAAAUGGGGACAGCACUCAGGAUGACGCAAUCGAAAACGACCCUGGGUCUAAUGCAGAUAGCGAUGAGCAGUCAGAGCCGUUCGGGAAAGUUGUGAGCCGUGCAAAACCCUCCAAAAUUGGUUUGAUGCUCACCCAGCAGGACGAAGUAACUUUCCCAUUGAGCGACGAAAGCGAAAGUGACAGCGAGGAAGUGGAGGACGAAGCAUUGUACUCUUCAUCAGAGACGAGGGAGCCGAAGGGGGGCAAAUCAUCGUCCGCGGAGACUGGCCUUACAGUAGAGGAGAAGGAGGAGGAGCAGGAAGAGCAGGAGGAAGAUAUCCCGAUGUCUGAAAUCGAAUCAUUUGCCUCAGCCGAUAGAGAAGACAUCAUUCCCCACCAAAGACUCACAAUCAACAAUACUACUGCCCUUCUCUCCGCUCACAGAUCCCUUACGACAGGCUACCUAUCUGUCCCCUUUUCCGUGCGUCAGACCCUCACUACCUCCUCUCCCGUCUCCAUCGCCGACGCCAAUGAUGAUCUCAAUCGCGAACUCGCUUUCUAUAAACAGUGCCUCGAGGCUACGACGGAUGCUCGUGCCCUUCUCAAAAAAGAAGGAAUCCCCUUUACCCGCCCAAAUGAUUAUUUCGCGGAGAUGGUGAAGAGCGACGAGCACAUGGGCAAAAUCAAGAGUAAGAUUGUGGAUGAUGCGGCAAGUCAAAAGGCAAGUAGUGAGGCGAAGAGGCAGAGGGACCUCAAGAAGUUUGGAAAACAAGUGCAGAUUGCUACGAUGCAGGAGCGGGCGAAAGAGAAGAGAAGGAUGCUCGAGAGAGUUGACUUGUUGAAGAAGAAACGGAAGGGAGCAGGUUCAGGCGCUACCAACGAGGAGGACCUUUUUGACGUUGCCUUGAAUGACGCAACUAAGGAACAGAGAACGUCAAAGCAGGGCAUGAAUGGCGAUGGUGCACCACCCAGUAAAAGGCGGAAGAAAGAUGCGCAAUUUGGCUUCGGAGGCAAAAAGAGGUUCUCCAAAAGUGGAGAUGCUGUGUCUACAGGUGAUAUGAGCGGAUUUUCGGCAAAGAAGAUGAAGGGCCCGAAAGGAAAAGCAAAGCGGCCGGGAAAGAGCAGGCGGGCUAAAGUGUCGUGA